AUGCGCGCAAUUAUCUGCCUGUUGGCGGCUCUGGGCGUCUCUGUUCAUGCGGACCUGGAGCUCACCUAUUUCGCGGCCAAAGGCCGCGCUGAACCCUUGAGAUUGAUGCUGCAUUUUGCGAACAUUCCCUUCACCGACACGAGAAUUCAGUGGUCACAAUGGCUGUCCAUCAAGAAUGAUACGACAAGUGAGUGGGUAUGCGGUGAAAAAGAGCCAGGGCUUAUGUUGGGACCGGAGAUUGCCACGGCUCCGGAGCCGGCUCGUGGCUCCGGCUCUGAGCGGCUACGGCUCAGAGCCGGGAGCCAGAGCCGGAGCCGGAAAUUUUGGGGUCGGCUCCGGCUCCCGAGCCCAAAGUCGGGGCCAGGCUUCUCAGCGCUCAGAAAAGUAAAAAUUUCGUGAUCUUGUUAAACCAAAUUGCUUGAAAAACACAGCGGAGGAUGCGACUUGGCUGUAAAAACGUUGGCUGUAUGAUCUCUGGCACUAAUAACUUUUAUUUUUGGAAAAAUAUUUUUAAAAAAACAUUUUGCAUAGGAGCCGGAAUUCGGAGCCGGCAUGUCUUUUUAAAUUUUGCACGGAGCCAAGAGCCGGAGCUGCAAACUAGGCCUUGGCUCCGGCUCUGGGAGCUAAGAGCCGGAGCCGAAAUUUUGACUUUGGCAAUCUCUGGUUGGGACUACGGUAAAUUUUUGAGUGGAUACAUUGAAUUUUAUAUGGAAAAACGACCGAAAUCAGGCGCUUUUUGAUGCUUUUUUCGCUGCGACAUUCGGGAUUGAUACAGUGGCAAACCUGAUCUAGUGGCAAGAAACCUACUGUUUUGCAUACCGUUAUCAAAAAAUGUUGCAAAAAUACCUCCUUCUCCAAGUAAAAAACUCUGAUUUCAAAAGCGCACCCGCUCUUUUUGUGAGGGCGCCCUUCAAAACGAAGCUUUUUAUUAGGUUGUCCAACAAAUAAUGACCCUCUGUGAGAGGGGCAAAGUUUAAAGCCUCUAAAAAAGGCAAGCGAUGAUGGAAUUUCGAAAUAUUAUAUAAUUUUGUAGCUGAGAUUUCAGGCUUUCGUUUGAUGCAUCGUUUGUCAUAUUGGGACCAAAUUACAGUAAUUUAGCCCUAAUCAAAAAUUAUCAAGAAAAAGUCGGUUCGCGCUGUCAUCUUUUACGGGCAAAAACAGGAUGCGAAAGUUUCAGAAGCUACGCAAAGUAUCAACGCUAUGUUCGACUAGUGUGUUCUGAGUCUGAACACGGUGAAACGAUGGAUUUAAAAAUUACGAUUUGACGGCGAGGGACACAAAGAUAAAGUACGGAUUCCAAACAUUAUCAAUUUACCCUGAGGUCGUCGGUUGACGAAUAUCCUAGAAUCAAUAUUCAACGCGUCUCUGACAUUGUCUGGCUGCUGAAAUAAUCGGCGACUAACCAUUUGAUGUCGAUGGAAUUCAAAAAACGCUCGGCAACUUUUUCCCAUGUUAUUGGGUCAAAGCAAAGAUUGGAAUCUUUACAUUUCUCGCGUUUGCGUUCCGUUUUCUGGAUCGAAACGUUGCCUCUGAUGAAAAGAGGACCUUCUGGGACAACCAGACCAGAUAUGCUGAACGGAGUCCUCCGAGGGUAUCACUGCGGCACUUGUCAAAGCCCGACUCCCCCCAAAACAAGGUGAAGACUAGUUCUUGAUGGUGCAGCAUGGGCAUAGUAAAAUACAGCUUCUUGAAAGCUGGCCAAAAUGUAGAUACCAUACCCUACUGUAUCCAGAUAGACAGUUUGAGGCAGCGUCCGUCUUCAACGAUGCGUCGCAGAAGUCCAAAAAUUCUUAGCGGCUACACGGAACCUCUAGUUUGAAAGAUGACCCUCCAGAAGCAGAUUUAAUAGAGAUACGAGACUGUCCCUCGUCCAGCCUAUUUGUCAAAGCUGGCCUAUUCACAUUGCCAUCAGUUCAAGAAUCUAGCACGUUUCAUCAGUGGUAGGAAAUUCGACAAUCAAGACGCCCUUGAAAAGGCCUUAAAAAGUUUCACCGGCUCCAGAAGCCAGGGUUGCAAAGCUACAGACAUAAAAAAAAUUUUGGCACGUUGUAACAAGCGUGAUAAAGCGCAUGAUAAUUAUUAGGUUGAUUCAAAAGUUUUUCCACAUGUCUUUAAAAAAUUUUAAAAAAUUUAGACCAAAGCCAGUGGGCCUGAUAUAUAUGUUGUUAGAAAAAGGGCUGUUUGUAGAUUAUAUUAGAUUAACAGCUUUUUACAACUUAGGAAUUUGUAAUAGUAGCGCUGUGUUAAACCUUAACUACUCGAAGGAAGAAAAAGUAAACCGCCGGCGUUACGUCUAGAGUGGCUGUAUCUUCUUAAUAUUCUAGAAUAUGGUAUUCCUGUAUGUAAUCUCUAUGGCAUCGAGGACAAUUUGCUAUAGGGCUAGUCGAAAAAUUUUUAGUGCGAAAAAUCAAAAAUUAGGGUCUGGCAAAAGUAGACCCUGUCGACGCAGCUAUUAGAAGCACUAAGAGAUGACGCUUUCUGUUAUUGUAGUGUAUGAGUAGCACUACAACGCCAACGCUAAACAUUCGCGCUAGCUUUAGCUAUGCGACAGAAAAAUCGAAUCUUUCUAAUCUAUCAAUAUUUUACAAAAGUUAGGGGAUUUUUACAAAAACGUUUUCUGUUCAUUACUCUCGCCCGGUAUCCUAGUUAUUUAAUAAAUAAUUGAUCCUACUUGACAUACACUAUCAGUUGCUAGACGCGCUAAGCUGAAGGUCCGCUUGCCAUACCAGUAAAAAAAUUACAAAAAUUCGCCUAAAAGUGCAGUUUAUGCUACUUUUCUACCUUAUAAGGCAAUUUCAGUUGGUGACUUUUUGAAUGUAUCAUCAGCAUACUGUCUUUGUACAACCUGAAUGGCAGCCGAGUCAAAAAAAUCUAACUCCUUUCAAAAAAUUUUUUAAAAUCUGCUUUUUAUCGGUAGCUCGGCUCUCCGGCCAACUUUAUGGGAUCCUACAAAAAACGCCAGAGUAGAUAUGAGUAGAGCAAUAAAUUCAGAAGAAACUACAGCCAUCGCAAGUACGAAUAACCCAAAACCCGAGACUUUUUAGUGGGCUGGAAAAUUGCUAGGGCCCGGGAUAUUCACCAUGACACAAACGAAGAAAUUUUUAGUAUUUUUGAAAUAUUCUGAAAGAACGCUUGUAGAAAAUAAAAUGCUACGAAUCAAAAAUUUUGCAAUGUUCUGCCCCAUACAUCUAUGCUCUCAGUUUUAACGUACAUUCAAUCAGGCUCUAGAAAUUUUAUUUUGAAGUGUCACAAAAAAAUGUGGAAAAACUUUUGAAUCAUCCUAAUAUUUUGAUUAAAUAGCUCGCAGUUAUUACGGUAAAUUUUACCAAAAAAGUAAAUUUUUCGAAGAGGGUCAUUAUUUGUUGGACAACCUAAUAGUUGGAGAGGGAGGCACAUUUUUUUGAUACUUGCCGGAUGCAAAAUGGUACACUUUUUGCCACCGGAACAGAUCCGUCGCUGUAACGGACCACCCAAAACCGCAUUUGUAUUCCAUUAGCCGUUGCAUGCUUGGCGAACGCUCGGCGAUGGCUCGGCGGAGACUUGGCGAAGCAUACGCCUACUUUUUCGACAAUAGUUUUAUCUAUUGCUAAUCUUAGUUUUCUUGACCAUGAGCUGUCGUAGCAUUCAUAUAAAAGACCAAAAGUUGCUCCGCAAAACAAAAGUCCAUAGGUUUUAUCCGGAAAUUAUUGCAGUAAUAUGUACAUGCGGAAUACCUUAAAAUAGGUCAUAAACUAUCCUAGGACCCGAAUUCGUACAACGACGAAUUGCGGCACAAUUUUCGACUGGACCCACCUUAUUUUUACUGGAAAACGAACAUUUUUUACAUUAUUUUAGGAUUCCCAUACGGAGUGAUGCCGGUUCUCCGCAUCAACAACACUGUAAUCGCCGAGACUGCCGUUGUGACGCGUUACAUUGCGCGAAUUGUCAACCUCAAUCACUACGCCGACCUGAUGGAUUCGGCGAGACUGGAUGAGAUCUACACGCUUGGGAUUGAGUUCGUUGACAUGAUUCAUCGCUAUUUGACGAUUAGUCUCCGAGACGGAAAGCAAGCUACGGUAAGUGGGAAGGUUUGAUGCAGUUACAAAAAUGGUCGCAUUCUUUGUAGAAGAAUCGUUGAAAGUUUUCACUAAAAAGAGCAAAAAAGGCAGAAACGGGAUUUUUUGGGAAUUUUGUUCAAGUCGUAAAUUUAAAAGUAGCUUUAAAGGCCCUCUAGAGACGACGAAAGUUUUACAUUUUGGUGCUUUUUGUCUCUGCAGAACAAAAAGUUUUUACAUUGUUUCCAGCCGAAAUAGGAUGUUUCCACAAAAGAUCAAUGUUUUCCGCGCCAAGCCUGAAAAGAUAUGUCCAAAAAUCGGUUUUCUCUCCGAUCACCCUCCGCUUUUCGCGUGCUCUCAAUUUCCCUCCGCACUCACAAGGGAAGUCGUUCAGAUCGCAAAUGAACUAUGACAUGAGACCUGUGUGGUUUUAUAGUCACAUACUCUACUAUAUCGAAUAUAAAGGCAUUUUUGCGUCUGGGCCCCCGCGGCCGAGAAAAUCGACUAUACAGUUUCGCAAGAAGAGAGCGCCGAAAAAGUCCUCUCUCCGAAAGCAAACCCAAACAGCUGCCCAGUUGGCCGAGUGGAAAGAGCGCUCGUCUAACGAAUCUUCUUUUGGGUCGGGGGGCUGGGUUCGAUUCCUUUCACCUGCAAUGUAAAGCGUAAGACUACUGUGUACACUACAGUAUGCGUAAAAAAAAAUUUUUUUUGUGUUUUUCCAAUUUUAUGAAGAUUUGUGCAUUUUCUUGAGACAAAAACAAACAAAUUUAGUCGACUUUUCUCCAGACUGUUAAAUUUCAAAGGAGGUUAUCUUGACAAUAGGCCUCCUUCCUUCAAGACUCCAGUGGAGUAUUGUUUCCCCCAUGAUGUCCACACAGCUUGUUCUGCUUCUAGUUGUGACAUCUUGUCUUUUUUUUUGUGCUCGUACUGUAAUCAAAAACUUUGUUUUCAUCAUUUUGUUGAAUGUGUUCACGACUGUUGUUAAAUGAUAGUUAAAAAGUUAAAUAAAAAAAUUAGUAAUUUUGUUUGUUUUUGUCUCAAGAAAAGGCACAAAUCUACAUAAAAUUGGAAAAACACAAAAAAAUUUUUUUUUUUACGCAUACUGUAGUGCACAGCGUUCUGUACUUUUUUGGAAUGAUUCCGACACCGAUUUUUUCGAAUUUUUCUAAAAUAGCCCGCAUUUACGCGGGUGUCGCAAGGGAAUACUGUAAGAUUGACGUGUAAAAUUUGCAGUGCUUAUAGAGUAAAGAGAGAUCUUUCCAACGAUACAACCUACGUAAAUUAAUAUGGAAAAAGAAACUUGUAAUCAGCGCUGAAAAAUGACCGACUUUGGAUUUUAGGCGCUAAAUAUUGCCCUUGGGCAGAUCUCUUAGAAGAAGUGGAUGGUACCACCUUAUGCAGAAUUUAAUUCUGUACAACAUAUCCAAAAACUACGAAAUUUUACUGCUUUUCCGUCGAAUUAUGCCUCAAAAAUGCAAUUUUUGCACUAGUUCUACCAAUAUUUUCAAAAUAUCUGCACUUUAAGGGCAUUAUUACAAAAACUGAGUCGUACAUAUUGAAGCUUGCAUGGUAGCUGAGCAUACUGUUUAAUUUUACCCUGUCAUCUUUCUCCAUCUUCAAGAACAACGGAGCUAAAGUUUGGUGCUUGGACCCAGCAUAAAAAUGCCCUAAGGGCGAAUUUCAAAAAUGCGAUAGUGCCACUGGACGUGAAAUAAGCGUUCGAACAGCCAUGCUCAAAAGGCAACGAUUCAAUUCCUUCUUCUGUCACUGCUCCAAGAAAUCCAUGCAACAUCAUGAACGCGUAAAUGUGUUCAUGAGGCCACCGAUGUAUCAAACUAUUCCGGAAAAUCUCAACGUUUAUUUUUUCUUCAAAUUUGGCGUGCCUGUAGUACAAAAAAUUCUAUGUUCAAUGGCACUAUCGCAUUUUUGAAAUUCCCCCUUAGGGCAUUUUUAUGUUGGGUCCAAACACCAAACUUUAGCUCCGGUGUUCUUGAAGACGGAGAAAGAUGACAGGGUAAAAUUAAACAGUAUGCUCAGCUACCAUGCAGGCUUCAAUAUGUACGACUCAGUUUUUGUAAUAAUGCCCUUAAGGUGCAAAUAUUUUGAAAAUAUUGGUAAAACUAGUGCAAAAAUUGCAUUUUUGAGGCAUAAUUCGACGGAAAAGCAGUAAAAUUUCGUAGUUUUUGGAUAUGUUGUACAGAAUUAAAUUCUGCAUAAGGUGGUACCAUCCACUUCUUCUAAGAGAUCUGCCCAAGGGCAAUAUUUAGCGCCUAAAAUCCAAAGUCGGUCAUUUUUCAGCGCUGAUUACAAGUUUCUUUUUCCAUAUUAAUUUACGUAAGUUGUAUUGUUGGAAAGAUCUCUCUUUACUCUAUCAGCACUUCAAAUUUUACAAGUCAGUCUUACAGUAUUCCCUCGCGACACCCGCGUAAAUGCGGGCUAUUUUAGAAAAAUUUGAAAAAAUCGGUGUCGGAAUCAUUCCAAAAAAGUACAGAACGCUGUGUAGUGUACACAGUAGUCUUACCCUUUACAUUGCAGGUGAAAGGAAUCGAACCCAGCCCCCCGACCCAAAAGAAGAUUCGUUAGACGAGCGCUCUUUCCACUCGGCCAACUGGGCAGCUGUUUGGGUUUGCUUUCGGAGAGAGGACUUUUUCGGCGCUCUCUUCUUGCGAAACUGUAUAGUCGAUUUUCUCGGCCGCGGGGGCCCAGACGCAAAAAUGCCUUUAUAUUCGAUAUAGUAGAGUAUGUGACUAUAAAACCACACAGGUCUCAUGUCAUAGUUCAUUUGCGAUCUGAACGACUUCCCUUGUCAGCAAAAGUCUUUGAAUAUCUCGGCUGUGGCGAAACGUUUCCAAUCCCACUUUCAGGCAGCCAACUACACGACCACUUUCCUCCCAACGGCCCAACGUUUCAUCCCACUGAUCGACGGCAAACUCCAGGGUAGCCAAAGCGGCUUGUUCAGUCCACUGGGCCUUUCGUAUGUCGACUUUUUCUGGGCUGGUCUCAUUGAUUGGAUCAAUGAUGUUCAUCCGGAGAUUGUUCAGCAAUUCCCGAGGUCGGUGGCUCUGAAAAAUGAAGUUUAUUCGCUGCCUCAGCUUCAAAGCUACUUGGCGACGAGAGACAGUUUGAAUGCGCCGACUGCGAAUACUGGGUUGAAUAUUGGGUAG